AUGCCAAGCCUGUCACCCUCGUCCAGACCGUGCCUGACGAGCCGCAGCAGCUGGCUCUGCUGCGUCGCGCCCUGCCGCUUCCUCGGACGAGGCUGUGCGGAGGACGGCGCACUGGCUCAGCAAUUCACGUCGCCCUCGCACAGCGCGAAGGCCUCGCCGCCGCGCAACCGGCCCUCGAAACCAACCAACAGGAGGCACUCGACAUCGACGCAGCCCGCUUUCAGCGCCAGGCUAGCCACGGCUCGCGAUAUCAGGCGUGAACGGGAGCACGUGCGCCGCGGGCUCCUCUUCGCGAGGUCUUCACCCAGGGAGCCGGAAAAGCUUAUAAAUUAG